AUGGUUGAUGAAUUUAUUUUAUUAGCCUUUACUGAUUUGCACCAGAUCCAGAACUAUUUUUUCAUGACUUUUCUGCUGACCUAUAUCACUUGUGUCAUUCAAAAUGUGGUCAUUAUCACGGUGGUCAAAAUAGGACAUUCACUACAUAACCCAAUGUAUUUCUUCAUCAGUGUGUUCUCUACCUCAGAAAUCAUAUUUGUCUCGGUCACCGUCCCGAAGCUUUUGGCCAUUCUAAUUGCAGCCAACAACAAAAUAUCCUUCAAUGGAUGCAUAACCCAGAUGUAUUUCCUAAACUCUUUGGGUGUCACUGAAUGCUAUCUUCUGGUGGUGAUGGUGUUUGAUCGACAUAUAGCCAUUAACAACCCUUUACGUUACCCAACUAUCAUGACUUAUAGAGUUUGUGUUGGACUAGCUAUGUUUCCAUGGAUUUUUGGAUUUUCAAUUAUUUUGGUACCGUCCACGAUAACAGCUUGGUUGGAAUUCUGUGGUCCCAAUAUGAUUGACCACUUUUUUUGUGACUGGGGCCCAUUACAAAGUUUGGCUUGUUCUGACAUUUCGGUUAGUAAUUUUUCGACAACCAUGGCUGCUGUCACUUGUGUUAUUCUGCCUUUUCUGCUGAUCAUUGGGUUCUAUAUCUGUAUUCUAAGGACAAUUAUAAAAAUCAAGAGUGAUCAUGGGAAACAGAAAGCCUUCUCCACCUGUACGUCUCAUCUCAUCGUAGCCUGUCUCUUCUAUGGUGCGGCCAUGAUCGUGUAUGCUAAACCUAAAGCCAGCCAUUAUGAUAAGUACCUCACCUUUAUGUAUACAGCAUUCACCCCGACGAUUAAUCCUUUCAUUUAUACCUUUAGAAACAGGGACGUGAAGAAGGUUUUCUGGAAUUCAGUAAACCGUGUAAUAAGACCAACUAUUCAGUAA